GGUCGCUGUCAAUUUUAUUAUGAAGAAGACUGGGGACGAGGAACCUUAUGAUGGCUGCCUUACGAAGUAGUCUACAGAAAGAUGUCUUCGAUCUUUAUGAAGAAAAGUUGUUUGCUUUUACGAAUGUUAGCAGACCUGGAAAGAAGAAAAAACCUAGUUUUUUAUGCAUUGCUGUGUCCAAUGAAAGACCAGUUUCUGUGACAAUCUAUAAAGUGAAAAAAACAGACAAAGAAAGCUAUAAAAAAAGAACAUCAUGGCUUUUAAAGGAUCUGAAAACAGUGGAUGGAAAGGAUGCAUACACUGAAACACCAGAAUUUGAUUUGAUUUUUGAUAAAAACUACAAGUGGAUUGCUAGUAGUUUUGCCGACAAAAAUGCUUUCAUUGUUGCCUUAUGGAAGGUUUGCACUAGGUAUUUAUCUCAAAGAAAACCAAAUUUUGUUAAUGUGAAUCAGCAGAGCAUUGAAGAAACCUUACGUUCUGGUGCUUCCCAGCUGUCAGUGGAAGAUGUCAACAUUGAAGAUGACUACCAACAACUUGCAUCGGGAGAGGAAAAAGACUUAAAUAUAACGAUGUCGAAAUACGAAUGUGCAAUUAGUAAUAUAGAAGCCUUUACUGAAAAACUUUCGCGUGAUUUGUCUUUGCUUGAUGGCGCGAACAUCACGUCAAUCAUGGGUUCAGAGACACAAGUAAAGAAUAUAAUGGAAUGUAUAGAUGAAGGUCUAAAAGAACUGAAGGAACUCGAGGAAAAACUCGAAAGAUAUGAUAAACUUCUGCAGAAAGCCAGAGAUCAUAUGGAACACAUGGACGAGAAGAACAGGAGAAUGCAAUUGGAGCGUGCAAAUCACAAGAAAUUAAUUGACAAAGUGCAAAAUCUUGUUGAUAUUUUGGACGUUCCUGAAAGCAUUUUGGAGCCAUUACAAAUGAAAAGUCUGUCGAAUUCAAUUGAAAUUCAACAAUGUACAAAAGCAGCAAAGGCUGUUCGUAAUGCGAUGAGUGCUGAGCUUAGUCCAGGAAUGAAGAAACUUCGCGCAGUUAAAGAUCAAAGGGAUCAGUUUUGGACUCUUAGUCAAGAAUUCGCAUCGUUCCUGGCCAGUCAUUUGAAAUCGGUUUUUCAAAUUCAUGAAGACGAAACAGAAACGUUAGUAAAGCACUCAAACGAGUUGGUUAUUCCAAGUCAUAACAAGAUCCACGAUGAACUGGCUCCUUAUACUGAUCUCAUGUUUUGGCUAAAAGAAAUUGAUCAUUCUAAGUUUUCUGAAUUGAUAUCAAUUUAUACCCAAUGUUUCAGCAAGGUGUAUGAGAAGGAGAUUCGAGACUUUUUUGAAGUUUCCAAGCAAAGAUGUUCUGUGAAAAGUGCAAAAAUGGCUGCCAAUCUGAAAGCAGCAUCCCAUCUUUCUUUAAAUCGGGACGAUUUAUCCAUUCAUGGAAGUCCCAGGCCAUCGCGUGUCGCAAAAUUUGAUAAAUAUUCUACGGGUAGUCCUCAGCUCAAACGGAGCUCUCCGACGGGAUCUGUCAGUUCUCAAGAUUCUAUUAUGUCUUCGGACACUGUGUUUGAAAGUCGAAGCCGCUUUGAUAAGAUCUUUGAUACUUUGUUAUCUGAACUCGAACCUGCUUGCUUGGCCGAACAAAAAUUUAUCGAGAAAUUUUUUCACAUGCCUUUACCCAAUGAUGACUCGGAGACAUCAAGCAAUUCAAGUUUAAGCUCUAUUCUUUCAAAGGAUAACGUAGACGGUGCAUCAAUGUCACGAAGUAAACGCUCAGGAGAUUUUGGAUUAUACAAGAUUAUGACAGAUCUUUUUCGUGGACUAGAUCCAGAGCUUCAAAAUUUCAUUAACUUUGGUGAUAAAUUAGAUAGUUUCAAUACAAUGUACAUGCUAGUUCGUAUCGGUGAUUACGUCAUGGCUCACCAGCAUUCUGGGAUACAUGUUUCGUUCCUUAGUUAUCAGUUGGCUCAGUCAUUAAUCGUGGUCAAGCGAUUGUUUGAUAAAUUUAUUUCGGCUCUUAGCAAACAAGUUGAAGAAACGAAAGUUCCAAAGAAAAACCGAUGUGGAAUAUUACCAUUUGUAUCAAAGUUUGAGAGAUUUGCUGAGACAGCUGAAUCGAUUUUCAAGAAUGCAGAACGUCGUAAUGACCUGGAUAAGUCUUAUCGUACACUUGUUGGGGUAGUCUUCAAGAACAUAGAGAGAGCUGCUAAGGAAAAUCAAAAAACUCCUGCCGAUGUAAUACUAUUUGAGAAUUAUCAUCACUUAUACGGUGUCUUAUCGCGCUUAAAGAUUGCCAGUCUAGAUGGUGAAAGAAAAGAAGCUAAAGUAAAGUACACACAACACAUGGAUUUCUAUAGCACAAAAAUGUUUGGUCGACCAAUGGAAAAACUCAAUAUAUUCUUUGAUGGUAUUGAAGAAAAAUUAUCGAGUGGUGUAAAGGCAGAGGAGAUCGGUUACCAAUUAGCAUUUAGCAAACAAGAAUUAAGGAAGACAAUCAGGGAAUAUCCAGAGAAGGAGAUUAAAAAGGGUUUGGAAAACCUUUAUCACAAGGUAGAGAAACAUUUAUCGGAAGAGGAAAAUUUGCUGCAGGUCGUCUGGCGAUCAAUGCAAGAAAAAUUUAUUCAACAGCAUAAAUAUUUCGAAGAACUUAUAAAUCGUUGUUACCCUGGUUCCAUGAUAACAUUUGACUUUUCUAUUGACAGUUUGUUAACGUUUUUUUCGGACAUUGCGCAAUCGCAUUGAUCACUCAAAACCUUAAAGAGUAGUGAGACUUACGCUAAUUCUGAAUAUUCGAUAGUUAGAAAUGAGAAUGAGAUCCAUCCGGACGAAUUCCAUUGACUAAUACAUAAGAAAUCAAAAGGCUAUAUAAAAGGCUAUUUCUCAACCUGUUACAUUUAAAAUGAUUUUCGAGGAAAAAACCCCUAAGAACAAAGUGCACGCAUUUUCUGUUUAAUAGAUUUUAAAUCAAAGCUUAAUUUCAGUUAUUGCACUGAAAAGAAAUUAAUCUAAUGUUCUGAAAUUUUUAUAUAGCCUUAGCAGGACUCAUCUUGCGAGCUAUGUCACUGAAUUAAUGGUCGGGCUUUCUAGCCUAGCGUUUUUGUACGUAAUAAUUGAAAAUUAAAAUAACAUCCUGUAUCAAUCUUUAUACGUAAA